AAUCUUAUGCAACGAAAUGGAUUUUGAGAUGAUCCCCGACGAGGAUCGCAGACUACUUUAUCAUUUAAACAACUUUUUGGUAAGUAUUAAACGAAGCCAACCGUUACAGAUCGUCCUUAAAUUAAUCUCCUUUUUGGUCUCUUUCAUUCCAGGCCAGGAUGAUAAACGUGGCAUGGCGGGUCGUUCAUCGUGUUAUCGCCAGAUCAGACAUAUCUGGCCAAAAAGACACUAUAAAAGAGCGGCGGCGGUGCUAAUUGGAGAAGAAAACGAAAGGCAUAAUGGACUUGAUACCGGGAUCGUUAGGGACUUCCGCAAGUUUGUAUAUGAGAGUGGUUCAGGCUAUGACCUCCGUUGCCGGCCUGCUUUUCCUGUUCUCCGGUGAAGGCUUCCGUGAAUAUCCAUCCUUCUGCCUUCUGGCCACUGUCUUGACCUUGAUCAUACCAUGGAGCUUGUUUUGGGCCACUGUAGAUUGUCUAUAUGUUUUCAUCCAAAACCCUGAUCACCAACCAAGUACUAUCCUGACAAUCAUUAUAAUUGAUAUGAUGCUUGCAUUCUUGUCGCUUGCUGCAUCCUGCUCAACUAUUAGCUCAACAAAAUUCUUGUUCCCUGAUGACAUCUCCUGUGUCCAAGUAUUAUGCUUCCGAUAUCACAUCUCAGCUACUGCAGCCUUUGUGAUUGCAAAGGUGGGGCCUGUUGCUUACAGAUUGGCACUGCCAGCAGGUGCACAAAUUCAUCUUGUAUUUCAUGUUUCACGAUUGAAGAAGAAGGUUGGGGAUCAAAUUGUGCCUCAGCAUGAGCCUCCUUUGGUAGGGCAAGAAGGGGAGGUGCUUGCUCAACCAAUUGCAGUCUUGAACAAAAGGUUGAUCAAGAGGAAUAAUAAUGCAGUGACACAGAUCUUGGUUCAGUGGGCUAACUUUCCUGAGGAGGCUGCGACCUGGGAAUAUUACUACCACGUUACCAAGCAAUUUCCCACAUUUGAUCCUUGGGGACAAGGAUCCUUUGAAUGA